AUGUCGAGUUUCGAGCCGGAGAAGGACGUCAUAGAACAAGAUGAUCCCCAUUCUAGAAACCCAGGCGCCCCGGGUCUUACCAAGCAAUCGUCGAGAGCUUCCUCCCGGCAUAGCCUCAAGAAAACUGCCAGCAAUGUCCUCGACAAGGCCAUCUCGCGUCUCUCAACACGUAACAUAAAGGAUCCAGGCCCUGCACCCGACGGUGGCUUGAGAGCAUGGACACAGGUUGCUGCACUAUGGACAUGCAGUCUAACAACUUGGGGAUAUCUCAAUUCUUUUGGUGCGUUCCAGGCCUAUUAUAUGGACACCCUCGGGGAAACACAGUCAACCAUCUCCUGGAUUGGCUCGAUUCAAUUGUGGAUGGUCUUUUUUGUAGGAACAUGGUCCGGUCGUGCCCUUGAUGCUGGACUGUUUGCACCUACCUUCUUGCUGGGCGCGGCAUUGCAAAUAUUGGGUGUCUUCAUGACGAGCAUAAGUCAUAGAUUUUGGCAGCUUCUCCUUGCUCAAGGGAUAUGUACCGGUUUGGGUAGUGGCAUAUUCUUCACUCCAUCCCUGGGACUCGUCACCACGUAUUUUACCAAGCACAGAGGACUCGCCAUCGCCAUCAUGUCGACUGGUGGAUCAGUUGGAGGUUCAAUCUAUCCAGUCAUCGUUCGCCAGCUUUUACCUAAGAUUGGAUUUGGCUGGACCAUGCGAACUCUAGGAUUUGUUAACAUGACAUUACUGGGUGUCUCGUUCGCAUUCUUCAAACCACGUCUCCCUCCCAGGAAGUCGGGACCAAUUGUCGAAUGGGCUGCGUUUCGAGAACUCCCAUACGUUUUGGUUGUUUUCGGAAUGUCGUUGGUCUUUGGCGGCCUCUUUUGGAGCUAUUAUUACAUCUCAUCAUUUGCUCGCACGGUCAUUGGUGUGAGUUAUGCCGACUCCUUAACAAUCUUGAUCGUCUUCAAUGCAGCAGCAAUCCCGGUUCGCCUCCUGACUGGAUACAUGGCAGAUCGGUUCGUCGGGCCUUUGAACGCAAUGGUUCCUCUUCUUCUCCUGAAUUCGCUUUUUGGGUUCGUCUGGAUAGCGGUCGACUCUAGGAGUGGAAUGUUUGCAUUUGCCACCAUCUAUGGAUUCUCGGGUGGAGCUUUCCAAUGCCUGUUCCCGACAACUGUAACAAGUUUGAAUUCGGAUCUGACCAAAAAUGGUGUUCGGCUGGGUAUGGCAUGCUCAGUCAUCAGCUUUGCAGUUCUUGCUGGCCCACCGAUUGGGGGUGCUCUUUUGAACACGAAUGGAGGUGGCAGAGGCGGAUAUACGUCGGCACAGAUUGGACUUGGUUUAGCGACGGCGUUGGGUGCAUUGUGUCUUGGAACAGGUCGUGUGCAGAAGUAUGGUUGGAGUCUUAGAACCAAAUGCUAG